ACUGCGCGCUCUCUCUCUCUCUCACACACACACACACGACAUCAGCUGUCAAACGGCAUGAGUUUGAUGCGAUUCAGAUAUAUAGUCUUUAAUUAAAUAAUCGAGAGUGAGAGGAUGAGCCGGAGCUGUGUUUAUAUCUCUAAAAUCAUGAGAAUAAAGAGGAACAAAGUGACGGUGAGUUAAUUCCGCGCGAGAGAAACACAGAUGUACUGAUAACGGAGGAUUCGGGGUGAUUUCACGGGAUUCAGACGAUGAGUUGGCUCGGCAGGAACGCGCUGAUCGGCCUCGGUGUCGGUGUGACGAUAAGCACCGGCCUGAUCGCAUUACUGAUCAUUAAAGAAGCUCUCAGGAGGAGAAACCUCCGUCUGCUGCACAGCACGAGCUCCGCGUUACUGAGCGAAACGGUAGACUCCGCGGCGGUGAGGGAUCUGUCUCCUGAGCAGCAGGUGGAGCUGAGGAAGACUCUGGACGCGGUGAUGAAGAGCGUGUCCAGUCUGAGGAAUGAGAUCUCGGAGCUGCGCGAGGGUCUGAGCGACAUCAGCACCAGCAUCGCUGAAGAUGUCAAGAAGACGGUGGAGGAGAGUCAGAGAUCGUGGCGGCGGCGGCGGCGGCUCAUGCCGAGGGAACGCUCUGAAUCCAUGAGCUCCAGCUCCAUUUAUUUCAGCGCCAGCGCCGGGGUCUCCAGUCUCUGUGACGACAGCGAGGUCGGGUACUCCACGGCCUAUUCCAACGCCGAGUCCGACUACACGGACAGAGAGACGGAUAAAGAAGGUGAGGACGAUGGGAGAGACUCGGAUGAGGAGGAAGAGGAGAGCUGCGUCACUGUGCUGAGACAGGACGAUUCACAGGCCGAGGAAGAGGAUGAUGAAGAUGACGGUCUGAUGGUGGACUCUUUAACAGACAUUCCCAGCCCUGAACUCACCCUCCUGCUCGCUCAGUGUGAUCUGCUGCAUGCAGGGGACUCUGGGAAAAAAACAGAGGGCUUCCAGCUGCUGAUGGAGAACAGACCGCUGGUGAGCUCUCUGGAUUGUUUGGAGAGGAAAACUGCUGGUACGAUUUAUGAAACUCCUCCCACAUCCUCAGUGAACGAAGCUCUGAAGAACUUCCUCAAGGCUGAGGAGUUAAAUCCAGGCUUUUCCAAAACAGUUCGCCUUUAUAUCGCCAAGUGUCAUAAGGAGCUCGGAAACGAGUCAGAGGCCAGAAAUUGGGUCCAUUUAGCUCUGAGCACACCAGCAGGAGCAAAUGAGGAUUCUGACAGCGCUGCUUUACAGGAGGAGCUGAAGGCUUUGAUUGACAGCAAAACUGAUCUAUAAGCAGCAUGAAUAAUUAGGGCGGGGUCUAAUGAAAACUCAUUUAAUCUUUUUACAUUUCACCUGAUAUGUGCACUUUUAUUUAUUCAGUGUUGUUUGCAAUGGAUGUGCAUUAUUAAAAUGCAUAUUUUACUUUCAGUAAUCCGACAAAAAUUCAAAAUAUUAUACAUUAAAAUGAACUGUUGUUCACAUAUAUUCCUCACAAAACACUGCACUUCAUUCAAAAAAAAAAUAAAAAAAAGAUGACGGUAACUAUUUUUAUAUUUAAACAUGCCGUGAAAUUAAUCAAUUACAAAAUGCUCGAUUUUGUUUUGACAUUAAGUGAAUUCCUGAAAUAUGAAAAAAAAAUUCUAAUUGCCCCAUCUGCUUCAA